AUGGGUAAAUGGCUGGAUGUGGUCAGGGACUGUGACAACUUUCCCUACGCUGAAGAUGAAGACUCGACACAUAAGCGACAGUACGGCCAUGAGUCCCUAUGGAAGUUCUUUCUUCCCGAAGACCCCAGACCUCAUGGUUUGAUGGUCGAGUCGGUAGUAACACAGAUGCCAUGGACAUCUGACUUCCGGGUGAUCUCUACGGCAGACAGAAAGGAAGUCCAUCUUCUACGACCCGAGAGCGAACAAAACUGGCAAGAUCAGUGUUCCAAGAUCAUCGAGAGACAAAUAGCCGUCGCCAGAGAAACAAAGGCUUUGCCAAACCUAGGGAUACCACGACACGAGGAGUUUCCUAUUGUGGGGGCUCGGUUUCCCGUGGGGAUCGAUCGUUCUGCCUUUUCGAUGUUCGGUGUUAUCGGCCGUGGCGUCCACAUGACGGUGUACACCCAGACCGACUCGGGAGUCAAAUUCUGGGUGCCGCAGCGAAAUGCCAACAAGUCGACUUACCCGGGCUGCUUGGACAACACAGUCGCCGGUGGGAUGGCCACAGGAGAGGAGCCCUUGGAGUGCCUGCUUCGUGAAGCAACAGAGGAGGCUGGGAUGUCGGAAGACAGCCUUCGGAAGGAGGUACGAGCCGCAGGCACAGUGACCUGGAUCAACAUCAGCGAUGAGCGAUCGGGAGGCCAGCCGGGGCUGAUUAACCCCGGGGUGCUGUACGUCUACGAUCUGGAAGUGAAGCCCGACGUGGUCUUCCAGCCGGUGGAUAACGAUAUCGAAGCAUUUCACUUGAUGGAUGCGGAAGAGGUGAAGCAAGCUUUGCUGAGCGGCAGGUUCAAACCAGCGAGUGGCUCUGUCAUGCUGGAUUUCUUCAUUCGACACGGUCUCAUCACGCCUGAGGAUGAAAAGGACUACGCGGAGAUUGUAUCUCGGCUGCACAGAAAACUUCCCCUGCCGUCGUAUUCGUAUCUUUAG